AUGGAGCAAGAUGGAAUUGUAUCGACUGUAUCUUCAUAUAACAUGUUGAUCGAUUGUUUUGCCAAAGCCACAAUGAUGGACAAAGCAUCGCAGAAAUUUGGAGAUAUGCUUCAGAGAGGUGUUGCUCCUACUCUUGUUACUUUUAGUAUUCUUAUUGAUGGCCAUUGCAAAGUCAGGGAGGUAGGUAAGGCUAGAGAACUGUUGAAGAUGCUAUUUGACCAUGGUUUCAAACCUGAUAUCUUCACCUUUAGUUCAAUAAUUGAUGGUCUUUGUCGGGUCCACCAGAUGGAAGAUGCUUUUGGUUGUUUUGAUGAGAUGGUUGAAUGGGGUGUUUCUCCAAAUGCUGUCGCAUAUAAUAUCCUAAUUCGGUCUCUCUGUUUUGUUGGGGAUGUUGCUAAAGCGAUGAAGUUAUUGAGAAAGAUGAAAGAUGCUGGUAUAAAGCCAGAUGUGUUUUCUUUCAAUGCUCUCAUUCUAAGUCUUUGUAGGAUGGAGAAAAUUGAGAAUGCGCAAAAGCUUUUAAUUUCCAUGUUGAGAGUGGCCCUGACACCUGACAAACUUACGUAUAAUGCUUUUAUUAAGGCAUCAUGUGAAGCAGGAAGAGUUGAAGAGGCUAGGCAGAUGCUUCUCAUCAUGGAAUUCAGUGGAUGUUCUCCAGAUUUUUAUUCGUACACACCAGUUAUAGAAUCUCUAACCCAUUUGGGUCACUUGGAGGAGGCCCAUGAUUUAAUCAACAAAAAUGAAAGAGGAACUCUUAUGAACUCCAUUCCUAAUUCUUAG